AUGGUGCUCCGUCUAGGUCGUAAUUCCACUCUGACGCUGAUACGGGAGGAGUUUCCCACUUUGGGCACCGGAGCCAGUGGAGCCGUGACACAGUUAUUCAUGGACAUGUCGCUCUACAUCCUGGGCUCGGACGCUAAUGUAAACGACAUGGUCUCCACCUUCUUUUCCCACCUUUUUCCUCUUACAUACAGGCGUCUUCUUGGCAACGGGGCAGUGACUGGCAUCUCGGAAGAAUGCCUCCCACUGCGGGCAGGCAGGGACUGCGGGCGCUCACUGCUGAAGCUCUGGUACUGCCCUCACUGUCAAGGCCUGCUGGAGGCCCGGCCGUGCCGGCCGCUGUGUGUCAGCACCAUGGGAGCGUGUCUAGGGGGAGCGGCGGAGGUGCAGCCUCACUGGAGGGCAUACGUGGAGGAAUUGGGAUCACUCGCCACUGCCAUGAAAGGGGAGCAGGACAUCGAGCCUGUUGUGCUCAGACUGCACGUCAUUAUCAGACAGGCUCUCAAACAAGCUGUGGUGGCCAAAAGCAAAGUCAGCGCACAGGUGAGCGGGAUAUGUGCGCACGCGCCCCCGCGGGUGUCUCGUGCUGUGGCCCUGUCGAGAGAACACGCGCCAGCCCCGCCGGUGCCCCACAACCGCCCUCCGGUGAACUUUGACCCCGAUGAGACCCUCUUUGGACGCCGCAG